AUGGAGUCUGUGGGAAGUCAAGGCUCCUGUGCUGGGGCCCCAAGGCUCUUACUGGUUCCCAGUCCAAUCCACCCGGACCUCCAGGUGGAUUUGGAUGAGGAGGACGAAGAUAUAGUGAUUGGAAUACGACCUAAAUCCUCUCCUCAGCCUCGAAGGAAGACCUCAAUAAGCGAAGAGGAGUCGGACCUCUCAGAACCUCCAUCGUUGAGCGGCUCUCGUAGAGUGUCGUUCGCAGACGCUGUCGGACUGAGUUUGGUGCAAGUGAAAGAGUUCGACAAAUGGGACGUCCCGCAGCUUCCAGACUUUUUAGACCUGACGAGCCAAGAUGAGGACAAAUACUUCAUUUCACCUUUCAACUUUCCGACGCCUUUGCCUUCUGAUGAGAUGAUUGUGAAGCUUCUGGAUGAGAAGGUGGUGUUACAAAGCCUGGAGUUGAUCCCCAGGACCAGCAUUCUGAAAGGGGUCAUCCACGUCCUCAACAUCUCCUUCACUAAAGCGGUUUAUGUUCGCACCUCUUUGGACGACUGGCUGAGCCACUUUGACCUGUUGUCAGAGUUUGUCCCAGGAUCUAGUGACGGCCACUCGGACACUUUCUCCUUCAGACUGACGUUGGGGCCUCCGUUCGCAGAGCAGGGGGCUAAAGUGCACUUCUGUCUGCGAUACGAGACUCAGAACGGGACAUUUUGGGCCAAUAACGGCGGGAAGAACUAUGUGCUGUUUUGUCAUGAGCGGAAAAAGGCAGUCCCAGGCCAGGCGCAAAGAGAAAGCAAGAAAAGCUGUUUGAAAGCUGUCAGCCAGAGCUUCUCUCUGGACGACAGAGCGUCGUCUCUGGAGCCGGAGAAAAGUGCAGCAGAUGAGACGACUCAGCAAAAUACCAUCCAUGAACGAGAAAAUACCAUCCAUGAACGAGAAACGAACCCAAGCAACAACAGCACAGAAGACUCAGUCCAGGAGAACAGACGAAACCACAGUCGUCGGAACCGCAGGAAAGCAGUGCGCGUGGCUCGAAUAAAGGACUAUUUUGCUCAAAAGAACAUAACAGACCAGAACAAAGAAAGCCAGGCGUCUCCAGAGACACAGACCCCAGCAGCCGAAGAACAGAACCAAACGUUGGAGAAGUCGAAUCCUGAAGGAAGCGUUCCAUUUGCUGAUGAUGCACUGGGCUCAGACUCCAUGACACGUGAGAACUUGGAUCUUGCUGAUGAUGUGGAUGGUGUUGAGAGCAAAGCCGUUCCCAUAGAAGCCUGCAGCUGCGUAGAAGCCAGUUCAGAAGUUUCGACACAGAAGGAUCCUGGAGAGAGGCUCGUUAGCUUUGCGUUCGGAACUGUCCUUGCUCCACUUUACCAGGAGGUGUCUGGGAGAGCAGUGGGGAGACAGCUGUAUUCUGAAACAAACAAUAAACACAUGAAGAAGCAGCAAGAGAUCGAGAAUGAGACUAUGAAUGGGCAGCAGCAGGAGUGA